AUGGGAGGCAACAAAAAGAAAGCAAAUACGCAAAACCAAAAUCAGCAACAGCCGCCGAAGUCGCAACGCUCUGAUGCUGCUACAGCCGCAGCAAAGCCCGCCGCUAAGCCCGAAAAGGGACAGCAUAAGGCGAGGCGCGCUGGACAGAAUGCUGGUGCUUCCGCGGGCUUAGCAACCCCGUCGAGCACAAACAGCAGCAGCAUCGGCUCCUUCGGUCCUCUUGCCGACGGAGAUGAGAGCCAUGCGGACAACGACAGCAGUGAUGCUGAGUCUGCUCACGACGAUAACAUCGGGAGUCGAACCGACGACGACGUCCACACCGGCAACGGUGAUGGACGCGCGUGGGGGGAAGUCGAUGACGACGACGUAGACGGACAUGACUACGACGACGGCCUCGCGCAGGAUAUCCUGCGGGACCGCGCGAAAGCACCCCGUCAACCGGGCGCGUCGCUCCUGUCGAGCGGCAGCCCACUCGAGUCAGUUCUGGUCGCUGAGGUCCAGAAAGCAGCGAAGGCCGGGGAGGAGCCCCCAGCCUGGGUCAUCAAGAUGCUCAUGCCAGGCGCCGGCCACCAGAACGACAUAGAGAAGGUGAACCCGAGAUCGCUUGCCCAGGAUCUAGCAGCAGAAAAUAGUUCUAGCAGGCGCACCCCAAGUGUUCCGCAAAUUUCUUCUGCUCAUCAGAACACAACAAUUUCACACAAUACCCCGGACAACCUCAACGCGGUAAACCAAAAACCAAUGAGCCAGCACGACACGAUUCACUUUGAAGGCUACCGACCUUCCGCCUGACCUAAAGCUCGAAGGUCUGCCUCACGAAGAUGUUCCGGAAAAAAUGGCCCUUUACAGAGCACACAUCGGGCUAUUGUCCGCCGACAACGUCUCUCAAAGCACAAUCGAUCACCGUGCAAUCAGACACCUCCCACUUUUCGUACGAGGUACUGCAGCUCAAAGCCUCAGCCUCAUGCUUAGCUCAUCACUCGAAUGGCGACCACCAGCCCAGCUGCAUGCGUUGCGUGCGCGUGGGGAGGCAAUCCGAAUCUCACCUCCGAAAACAUGGAAAGAGUGGGUCACCGCUUUCACUACUUCGUUCGCCCCUGCCAACAGAAUCGCUCUUCUUGCACGUGAUGUCAUGACAUUGGAAGCAAAGAGUAGCGAAUCCGUUGACGAGUUUGCGCUCAGAGUAACCCGCACGUACGCCAGGCUUUUAGCAGAAGCCGAACGCACAGCUC